AAAAGCUUUACUACAUACUGCAUGGAAGAAUUUUCCGGCACUUCGUCUUUCUUUUUGCAUUUGUUUAACAUUUAAAAACGAAUUUAAUUAAUUAGUUAAUCAAAUAAUAAAUCCAGAAUGCGACGAGUUCUUCUAAUAAGUCUUGGCCCUUCAUCUUCUUCCUCGUCUCUGCAGUUCUUACGAACUAGGAACGCAUUGUGCUGUUCUUCGAUAAGACAUGUGUCCUCAUCCUUACCUUCUAAUCAAAAUCACGAACAAGUCAUAAACCAAACAUCCAAUGUUAAUGAUGACGACGAGUUCCAACCAUUGGAUAUCCUCAAGUCCAAACUUUUUCAACGGGGUGCUCGUCGAAAGAGGAGGGAACAGAAGGUUGUCCCACCUCCGAGGUAUUUGAAGAUGCCUGUCGAUCAAGAUUGGGGUAAUGUUUGGCCCACGGCGAGAUCUUUCCACCCGGCGUCCGUUCCCCUCCCACUCCACCAAGGCUACGUCCCUCCACACAAAGCUCCACCCAACAAAUGGGGAAAUCUAGAGCUGAUGAAGAUUCCAAACUUUCUCCAUUUAACUCCCCCUGUCAUUAAGCGACAAUGUGAAGCCUUAAAAAAAUUUUGCACCCCUUGGCCCGAGGAACUGAAAGAUGAUGCCGUUUUGGACGAGUUGUUUCCGGUCGAAAUUACGACGAACGACUAUUGUCAUUCUAUACCAUCAAUUAGAGAUUUCCGGUCAAGAAUCGUGACUCUUCAGAUUCGUGUCGCCACAUUAAAUUUUGACUAUCAUGCAAAAGACAAGUUUCUCAGACUGGUGGGGAAUCGAUACAAUCCAACAACAGACGUGGUCACUCUCACGAUAGAAAACUGUCCAUUGAGGAAGCAAAACUAUGAUUAUGCAAUGUAUCUCAUUACUGCCUUGUACCACGAAUCUUGGAAUAAGGAGAAAUGGGAAGAUGACAAAUUGGAGGAAGAUAUGGAAAGGUAUAUUUGGGACAACAGCCCCUCUCAGAAAUCCAUCGACCAGAUUUUAGGACUCAACCACAAAGAAGGACAACCUUUCGCUGUGGCUCCGACAAUUGAGCAGUACAAAGAGGCUGUGACCAGUUUACAUAAUGACGGCGAAGACCUUGCGGCGGUAGAAAAGUAUGGAAAGAGUGUGCGAGAAAUGUUGAAUUUGCCCAGUCCAUUAACAUAGCGAUUCUAAAUAAUAUCUAUUUACCUAGUCGAGUUUGUACUGUAAUUGUUGACAAAUGUUUUCAGAGUAAUUGCAUUGUUCGACUUUUAAUUACUUUCCCUUCGUAUAAUAAUUGCAUUUUCAGAUUGUUUGUAGCAGCAAGGUUGUACAACGGGAUUAAAGUGUUCAUUGUAAA